AUGGCCUCACCCGGAGACUAUGGGAGAUCUUUGUCAACUGAAAUACCUUUCAUUGUGACAUCGAACAUCGAACGAGCUGAUCCGGCCACCAGGAAACUAAUCCGAAGCCACGUGAUGCGAGGGAAGAGAUCCAAAAAGGCUCUUUCCCACAAAGCCAGAGACGCAUCCAGUAUGGGUGCAAUCACUGGCCGCAUCAAUGCUGCGCGUGUCGAACUUGGUGAAGUAGCCGAGAUUUACCAAGCAGUAGCACCUAGCCACUUUGGUUCGGAUGUCUCUUUCCUUACGCUGGCCGAUAGCAUAGAACCAUCAGCUCUUCUAAGCUUAACUAAAGUUUCACCGAUUGCCACGAAGAUCAUCUCACCCCUCAUUGCAGCAAUUGGGUACCAACCAGAAAAACAGGGAUGGCUGCACAUUAUUGGAUCAGAUGCCGCUGCUCUUCAUAUAUCAGUGUUCGCUGUUGAAGAGUUUAUUGAGAAAGUCUUACGCCGUCACAUGUACACUGAGAAUUUAACCUCUAUGCUGCAUUUUCAGAAAGGACUGGAAAUUCUUCAAGAAAGGCUUUCGGGCCCGGACGACCAAAUCAAGAUUUCGGAUUCCACCAUUGGAGUGGUGGUGAAAUUGGCUACUGCCGCACAUUUCAAUGGUGACUAUCGUACUUCAAAACAGCAUAUGGAAGCCAUCCGCAAAAUGGUGGAUCUGAGAGGAGGUAUAACAGCGUUAAAAGGCAAGAGCAUGUUUACAGAGAUAUUGAAAUGCGAUAUUGCGAUCGCGUUACUCAACGCAUCAAUGCCUUUUAUUUUCUCUCAAUCCUCAGAACCGGUGAUCCCAUAUCCUCAAAAGCUGCUCCCAGCUUCUGACACAAUUUUGGAUGCCCACAACAAUGAUGAACCUUUCCAAGAUGUGGAUAGUGGGUUGGCAACAGCAUGGAGAGUCAUGAAAAACUUCUGCUUCCUUGUCAACCUCGGGGCAGAAGUCCAGCGUCCGAUUCGCCUGGAAAUAAUUCAUGAAACUAUGACUGCGGUGAUGUAUCGUCUGCUCAAAAAGGCAUUCCCGUUCGGCUCGACCAACGAAACUCUACGCCAAGGAUUACUGGCUUUCUCUUAUCACGUCUUCGUGCAAUGGCAAGACAUUAAAUCACCUUACCAUGAAUUUCGCUUCACAUUCAAGAACUGUAUCGAGAGUCUCAAACCUGAGAGCGCAGCUUCUUCUCAAAUGAUGCUUUGGCUAUUGAUGACGGGUGCCUUAGCUGUAUUUGACUUAUCAGAUGAAACAUGGGUAGGAGAGUACUGGCAUGAAAGUGCUCGCAGAUGCCAAGUGGAGACAUGGAAUGAAGUGAAGAUCAUAUUGAAAUCAUUCAUGUGGGUUGCAUUGAUAGACGACGAGCCAGGCAAGAGGAUAUAUGACACGUUUAACCUGAGGAGGGGGCAAAUUUGA